AUGGCUUUCCUCUUUCGCAACGUUAUCGUGGUUCUCAUUCUAUGCCUGGCGCUGUUUACCUGCCGAGCACAUGCCUUUGGUGCUGGAAAUAUCGCCUCAAUUUCGGCCGUCGAGGGCAAAAAUUGGCGUCAUGGAGAUAUCGAAGAUGUGUUGAAGACCGUGGCUUGUAUCCGCCAUCACAAAUGGAACUCGAUGAUGAUUAAGCGUGUCUACUUUGGCAAUUGGCUUCGAGACUACUCUCAGGCCAUGGACACAGGAGCACUCAAGAAAGCACAGCCAGAAACCAUUCGAAUCCUCGUCUGGUUGCUCUCCUUUCUAGGGUUUGGCUAUGCCACCGCAGAAUUCGAGGUCACGUCCGAGAGGUUGGGUGUCUAUCGACCCGAGGAGCAUAUCGAUAAUCCCAAAGACUACAAUGACAACGAGGAUGCUCGAAAGUACGAUGUUCGUCUUCGUGGCCCCGUACGCGACAUUGAGCUCCGAAUUGACAUGGAAACGGGCAUGAAAAAUUACAUUGCAAAUGGAAAAGGAGAUUGGGCAACCAGUGCUGCGUUUGUAAAGUACAGUUUCGAACGCAGCAUCCACCAUGGCCGACUUUACACAAAUGGACACGGAUUCUUCAAGGGUAAGGACGAGGAUCUGGCCGAGGCGCUCAGAUGUCUCGGUCAGGGCCUUCACACACUCGAAGACUUUGGUGCCCACACCAACUAUGUUGAGCUUUCACUUAGGGAGAUGGGUUUCCACAAUGUCUUUCCUCAUGUCGGGACCGCAACAGCCAUUAACCUCCGUGGAAAGCAUGUCUUUCCUCUUGUCACAGGCACUUUCGGCAUGGUGGAUUUUUACCACUCAGUCCUGGGGGAAGCUACUGACCACUUCACGCAAAGCGAAGUCAACGAAAUGGACAAUGCCCUUGGAACGGCUCAGCAAGCCGCCCAAUCGUCAAAUCCUCUGUUCACACUUACCAAACUCCUCUCAAAAGUACCAGGUACCAAAGAUCUCUGUGACGAAGCAGAGAGACUCCAGGCGAGUGCUCAAGCUCAAACUCGUGCAAAUGAACAGGGAUUCGGUAGGCAAGGAAGUUUUCGUGGCAUUGACGACUUUAGCGACUCGACCCGUGGAGUACAUGAUUGGGAUAGUGCUCGAACUUCCCAUUUCGGCUUUCCUUCACAACCAGGGUAUGAUGCGAAUUCCUGGAACGCACCACAACCAGGGUUCCAGCAACCUCAGCCGGGCUGGGGUCCGCCUCAACACCAACCUCAGUGGCAUGGUCACGCUCCGCAACAAAGCUUCAACCCUCACGAUCAAUACUCGGGAGCGCAAUAUAACUGGCAGCAUCAACAACAGCCGCCACCUCAACAUUGGCAGCAAUCACCACCACACGACUUCAGCCAUCAGCAGCCACCGCAAAAUUUCACCCAUCCACAACAAAGCAUUCAACAGAAUACGCCCGCACAGCCGCUACAGCAACCGACUUCGGCAUCGGGUAGCCUUGAGGGAAUGCCUAAUUUCGAUCCGGCCAAGACGGUUGCGCAGAUAUAUCCAAUUCUUGCCUUCCGAGACAAGGUCGUGCGCACGAUCAGUUCGAUCAUCGAGAAGAUUCCCGGCCUUGAAGCACUGGUAGAUCGCAUUACCGAGACGUUGACGGUAUUUAUUCUAUCUCUUUUGGCGCCUUUUGUCCGGCCGGUCCUCGGCACCAUCUCGAAAACUCUCCAGACGGGCAGCGAGGGAGUCAUCAAUUCAUCUGGAAAGCACCAGUAUGAAGUCUGGACUGAUCCUCACUCUUCAGAUCCGACCCAUUCAAUGCUGAGCAAAGAUCAUUUCAGCAAUAUUCUCAAUGAGCCUGCCGGAUCCGUGGCAGCGGAAAUCCUCAAAUUUAUUGCUCCACGAGUAUUGUACGCUUGGGAACAUCCUGACGUCCCAGUGCAGCAAGUCAUGCAGGACGUUGAAAGUAUUUUCCAUCACCCUGCAAUCAGAAAUGACAGGAACGAAGUGCACCGAAACAUGUUUGCCGCAGUCAAGAAGUGGGUAGACGGUUUACCGGAUAGAGGUCGCAGCCUCGAGACCGUCUUGAGUUCGGAAGGUGUGCGAGCAGGCAAAAAUCACAAAGCAGGGGUCAAUGAGCAUGCGCAUAUCCAACACUACGCGCCAAGUGGUGGUCAUCAACCAAAUACUGGCGGAAUGAGUGGGUUCGCGAGCUUCAUUCCCGGACAGCAGCAUCAUGGCGGCGGAGGAGGUGGGCACGGAAACAGUCCUUUUGGGAUGGUAGGUGAUGCGAUUGGUAAUUUCACGGGUCAAGGAGGUCAUCAGCGUCCGCCAGUCCAGCACCAUGGUAGCGGCGGAGGUGGUGGUCUGGGCAAUGUCCUAAACAUGGCUGGCAAGCUACCCAUUGCUGGAGCACAGAACGUCACAAGCUCACUUAACAAGUAUACGAAGUUCAUUGGUGAGUUCGGGGGCGGUGGAAAACGUGGGCUAGACAAUGAGGAUGACGGCUUUGGCGGUUCUGAACUCGGCGGUUCGCGAGAAUUGCACGAAGCUGCAGCCAUAGGAGAUACCUCUGCCAAUGACAUGAGGACACCCAGUCCCAUGCCUAUGCAACCACCGCCUGGUUACGAACAGUACGGACGGCAGGGGAGUGGAGGAUAUGGUCGAGAGGGACAAAGUUACCAGUACCAAACACCCUACCAAGACCCGUACCAGAACCAAAACCAGUAUGGAGGAGGCGAGAGCGCAGGAUACUACGGCGGACGUUGA